AUGGCGACUGACAGAAGUGUAAAGAAAUUGUCUUCCGGUGUUCUUGACAUGAAGUUCAUGUUACGCACGAAGAAAAAACUGGAAGCAAAAGAGAAGAAGAAAAAGGACGUUGAAUUGCAAAACGCUAUUCUGGAAACAUCAGAACAGGCGGGUUCUUCGACUACUGAAAUUCCAGUAGGAGAUAGCAAGUAUACUCUUUGCAACGACUACACGAAACUCGAAUCGCUGGAAUUUGGCCGGAUGUCGUUUAAAGGCUAUAAUAAAGAAAUCGAGAAAUUAAUGCUAUAUUACGAACGAUUACGAAAUGGCGAAUUAUCCGAUGAUGAUGAGAACGACGGAAAGGAUGUUAAUGAUGCCGAAAUGGCUGAAAAAAUGGGUGGUUCACUUGCCAAGAAGUUUGCAUCAAAACGAGAACGUCAGCAAGCUGCAAAUCGAAACGCAGAAUCUACGGGUCCACGUCUAAACUUUUCCGAUAUCCGCAAACGAGCUGCAAAUGACUCCAUAGGAAUACAACCUGAAAGGAAAUUCAUGAAGCCUUCCGAAUAA